AUGACAAAGUUCAGAGGCUGCAUAGAUAUACAUUCGGGUCAUGUGAAGCAAAUAGUAGGAGGUACCCUAAGUCAGGAUGAUAAUGCUAACAAUACUGGAACUUCCCAGACAUUGGAAAAUUUCGUACUGACGAAACCUUCCUCAUAUUACGCUCAAUUGUACGCUGAAAAUAACCUUACAGGAUGUCAUGUCAUAAAGCUAGGUCUGAAUCCAGACAAUGAUGAGGCAGCCGUGUUGGCAUGCAGGACGUGGCCAAAGGGAUUGCAAGUCGGUGGUGGAAUUAAUUUGGAAAACGCACAAGAGUGGCUCGAUAGGGGUGCAUCGCAGGUUAUCAUAACCAGUUGGCUUUUCUCCAAGAAUGAAGAAACUGGAAAAAUGGAGCUAGAUUUUGCCAAGUUGAGCAAAAUCAGCCACAAGGUAGGCAAGGAGAAUUUAGUUGUGGAUUUGAGUUGCCGAACCGUGGUCACUGAAUCUGGUGACGUUGAUUGGUAUGUGGCCAUGAAUAAAUGGCAAACUAUAACAGGAAACAAGUUGAGCAAGGAAUUUCUCUCGAAAGUGAGUGUGUACUGCGAUGAGCUAUUAAUACAUGCAGCUGAUGUUGAAGGGCUAUGCAAAGGCAUUGAUGAGAAAUUGGUGUCGAGCUUGGGCAGCUGGUGUCCUCCCAGCUUUGAAGGCAAGAUUGUUUACGCAGGAGGAGCCAAGUCUAUUAAAGAUCUUCAGUUAGUUAAGGAUCUCAGUGAUGGGAAAGUCGAUCUCACUUUUGGUAGUGCUCUCGAUAUCUUUGGAGGAAAACUCGUAAAGUUUGACGACUUGAUAGAGUGGAAUCAACAAAAUUGUUAG